AUAAAAGCUCCAUCAUCCUCCUGCGAUGCGAGCAUCGCUUUUGGUGGAGAUAGGGCAUCCACCCAACCCUUCGACACUCAUGACUACCGACUAGGGUCGCUCAUUAACGGACAAACAGAGGGAUAUAAGGGCAGUAUUAUGGCGAAACACCGUAAAGACAGAGACAGCUGGGGUGAGUGGUCCCUCAGUGACAAAAAUGUCUACGACUGGAGCUCAGAGGAGGAGGAGCCGGAUGGACGAGCCCGGCCCAUACAGGUGCUGCUGGUCAAAGACGACCACACCUUCGAGCUGGACGAGGCGGCGCUGAGCCGCAUCCUGCUGGCGGAGGAGGUCAGAGACCGAGAGGUGGUGGCCAUCUCUGUGGCCGGAGCUUUCCGCAAGGGCAAGUCCUUCCUCAUGGACUUCAUGCUGCGUUACAUGUACAACCACGCAUCUGAAGGCUGGCUCGGAGAUGCAGACGAGCCUCUGACCGGCUUCUCCUGGAGGGGGGGCUCCGAGAGGGAGACCACCGGGAUCCAGAUCUGGAGUGAGGUCUUCCUGGUGGACAAGCCAGACGGAAGAAAGGUGGCUGUAUUGUUAAUGGACACACAAGGCACGUUUGACAGCCAGUCGACGCUGAGGGACUCGGCCACUGUGUUUGCACUGAGCACCAUGAUCAGCUCCAUGCAGGUUUACAACAUCUCACAGAACGUACAAGAGGACGACCUUCAGCACUUGCAGCUUUUCACUGAGUACGGCAGACUAGCUAUGGAGGAGACUUUCCUCAAACCAUUCCAGUCCAUGAUUUUCCUCGUCCGAGACUGGAGCUUUCCAUAUGAGUUUCCCUACGGACAAGAAGGAGGCAUGAAGUUCCUUGAGAAGAGACUGAAGAUCUCAGAGAACCAACACGAAGAGCUGCAGAACGUACGCAAACACAUCCACUCCUGCUUCACCAACAUCUCCUGUUUCCUGAUGCCUCACCCCGGCCUCAAAGUGGCCACCAACCCACUCUUUGAUGGAAGAAUAUUAGAGAUUGACGGCGAGUUCAUAAACAACCUGAAGGUUCUGGUCCCGUGGCUCCUCAGUCCUCGUAACAUCGACGUGAAGGAGAUCAACGGCAGCAAAAUCACCUGCAGAGGCCUGGUGGAGUACUUCAAGGCAUACAUCAAAAUUUACCAAGGUGAGGAGCUUCCGCAUCCAAAGUCCAUGCUGCAGGCCACAGCAGAGGCGAAUAAUUUGGCAGCAGUGGCAGCCGCAAAGGAUCUGUACAACAAGAAAAUGGAAGGGGUCUGCGGGGGUGACCGGCCUUUUCUGGCUCCCGGUGAGCUGCAGGCCCGACACGGCGCCAUCAGAGAGGAGGCCCUGCAGGUGUUCCGGGGCGUGAAGAAGAUGGGGGGCGAGGAGUUCAGCCGGCGCUACCUGCAGCAGCUGGAGGGAGAGAUUGACGAGGUGUUUGUCCAGUACAUCAAGCACAAUGACUCCAAGAACAUUUUCCACGCGGCCCGGACGCCGGCCACCCUGUUCGUGGUCAUCUUUGUCAUGUACGUGGCCGCGGGCAUCACAGGCUUUGUGGGCGUGGACGUCAUUGCCAGCUUGUGUAACAUGAUCCUGGGUCUGGCUCUGAUCACUCUCUGCACCUGGGCCUACAUCCGCUACUCCGGGGAAUACCGGGAACUCGGCGCCGUCAUCGACCAGGUGGCCGGUGCACUGUGGGACCAGGGGAGCACAAAUGAGGCUCUCUACAAGCUGUACAAUGUAGCGGCCAAUCACAGGCACCUGUACCACCACGCCUUCCCCGGCGGGCCUCGGGCGGAGGAGGAGGUGCCAGAGGAGCAGGACAAUAAGAGAGACUGAUUAGAUAAGACAAGAGUACAGCAGGGACUUCCUGGUGAUGGACAGGAGGAGGAGGGACAUCCUCACCCAUCAGGCACUCUUUUAUUCUGUUAUUGGCUGGUGCUGCCCACCAAUACAUCCACUACUAUUAAAUGUAAUAAGGGACUCUAUAAUGUUCAUGUAUAGCCAGUGUCAGAGCAUUUUCUCAGUGGGUGCCUGUCUUCAAGCGAUGGAUGCCAUUUAGCGUUGUCUCUCACUUUCUGUCUGUGAUGAAAUAUCACCUGUACAGAUACUGCAGGCUCGGCAUAUCCAACCUUCAGUCAGCUGCUGAUUUCAUUUCAGACGUUUUUUUUCUUUUUUUCCUCUCCAUCAUUUGUCACCGACAUUGAUUCUCAAAGUAUAGCCAAAUCUGUGAAAUCCCCAUUUGUGACGAUUGUUCCGUUCUUUGAAGUUUAGUGCUGUUUAUAAGAAACAAUAUCUAUGAUCUGCGAUGUUUGAAAGCCAAAAUAUGUACGUGUAUGUUAAAUAAUGAAGCGUUACAAGCAUCAUCAGCAUGGUAAGUGGUUAAUGUCUGUCAUCUUUAAGCUCUUAGACCAGGUAUACUUUGUAAAAAAAAAAAAAAAAGAAGAAGUUUUAAUAGUUGUGACAAAGUGGUAUUGUGCCAUAAUAACAUGUAAACAUUAUUUCACAUCUACUGCAGCCUGGCGACAUGCAGACACUCAAUGGCACAUUUAUUAGUUGUAUAGUUUGUUCUGGAGGUAGAUUUCUGCAUCAGAGAGUUCGUGCUGGCAUUUACUUUCAAAGAACAGCGCCGGGUGGAAAGAGAAAAACAGAAUAAUUCAAAGUUCACACAACAUAGCUGACAUUUAUCUCUGACUUUGUAGUCUGCUUGCAGUGUUGUGAUUGCGCGGUGGUCCUCUAUAUGUGCGUUUGGUCUUCUAGGUUGAGGGGAAAGAGCGUGUUUGGUUUUCAUUGUGACGUAGAGACAGCGGGCGAAAAAGCAUUGUUGUGUUUCUCACUGAAUGUUCGAGCAAAUCCGAGGAAUGUAGCUACUCUGUGGCCACUGAGGAAUCAAACAUGUUAUUAGGCGGGGCGACAGGCCUGCUUUGAAAAAAAGAAAGAAUCCUCAUUCCACAUCUUCACACGCUUAAGUUGAUUCAUCUGUGAAAACGCUGCAUAGUGAAAGAAGCCAGGCCCAGAGGUUUUUCUUUUGUUUCCAGAAACAGCUUGCAUUUGUAAAACAAAAGGCUCGUAAUGGUGACAGCAUUUUUUUGGUGUUUGAAAAGUUGGGCUUCGUAGACGGUUACCGUACAUUUGUGUAACUGUGGUUAUUGUUUUUAGCUCACUGAAUAACCCAGGAUCACGGAGCUCACUGUAACACGUCUGCAUCACGUCUGCAUCACAUACAGCUACAGCACUGAAAUGUUUUUGUUUUUUUAUUUCUUCUUUUCUGGUCACGAACAGUACAGGAACACUGUCAUGCAUAUUUAGCAAGAUUAUGCUGAGGUUUGACCUCAAGGUUUGGAAAUGUAAAGGCGCUGCAGCAGAGUGGCUUCUUGAGUCUUCCACAAUGUAUAAUCAACGUCAGUGAGGCCUUCCACGCAAAGAGCCAUCGAGGUCCAGUUUAAGACUCGUGAGGUUACAAAAGCCCAUUUCCUCUUGGCCGUGUCCGUUCAUGAGUCAGAAAAGUAGCAUCAUUGUGUUGCGUUCACGCUCUUAAAUAAUAAAUUGAAGAUUUUAUCUGUUAAAAAGAAGAAGAAAAAAAAAAAGCAAAUGUAUCACAACAUGUUAUUUUGGGGUUUAACAAUUCAUUCCUGAAGCCGCCCCCAUGGACACUUACAUCAUCUCCGGAUAUCGUGGGAGCCUCCGUGUACUGAAAGGUCAAAAGGAAUCAACCUCUUCAAAGUCAACACUGCUACAAGUUUCCACACACGCAGUUACACGGAAAUAACAAAUAAAGUUGGACCAAAUUAAUGUCA